GACAAAGGGAGGGGCGGAGAGGGAAAGAGAAGGGGCGGGGACUGAGACAGGCAGAAGUCGGGGAAAGCCUGGCAGCUGAGCCUGGGAAGGUUUGCUCUGAAGUAGGUCCUUUCAGUCCUGGAUGCAAAAGCCAGGUGAAUAAAAAAGACAACCCAUGAGAAAGGGGGAGGAGAUGGAGGAGAAGGACCUCAAAGGCCCUGGAACUGGGAGGAUAUCAAAGGAAGGUCCCCAUUCCCUCCAAGCAGGGAGUGGUGCUGAAUUCUGGGAGAGAGCCAUGCCAGAGAUCUUGGUUCAGGACCCUGUGACUGCAGAUGUACGCAGCCGAUGCUUCCGGCAGUUCAGUUACCAGGAGGCUGAUGGGCCCCGAGAGGUUUGCAGCCGGCUCCACGGACUUUGUAAGGACUGGCUGGAGCCAGAGAGGCGCACCAAGAAGGAGAUGGUGGACCUGGUGAUCCUGGAGCAGUUCCUGGCCAUCCUGCCACAGGAAGUGCAGGGCUGGGUGAGAGGAUGCGGGCCAGAGAGCAGUUCCCAGGCAGUGGCCCUGGCCGAAGGUUUCCUCCUGAGUCAGGCAGAGGAGAAGAGGCAGGCACAGCAGAUAUGGGGAGGAUCCAUGAAGGUGGAAGCAGAGGCAGAAGGAGCUCCAUCAGAGGAAGGUCAGAGGGUGCCGGCCCAGGAGCGUGCCCAAGAUGCCCUGUCAAGUGGCAGUGAAGAGAUGUUAUCAAGUUGUUUUCUUUACAGAGAAGUGGAAACGCCUCCUCAGCCUCUGGUCCAGUCUUCGUAUUCCUUUGAGGAGGUGGCCGUGUAUUUCACCGUGGCAGAGUGGAGCCUGCUGGAUCCGGACCAAAAAGCUCUCUACAGGGAGGUCAUGCUGGAGAACUAUGGGAGCGUUGCUUUCCUGGCAGGGGAUGAUCAGAGGAAUGAGAAGGGUGAGGAACAGCAGCAUCUAUCGCCAGAUGAAGUCAAGGAUGAAGAUGUGAGCAGAAACAUUCAAGGCAGGCCUCAAAGACAGAAAGUCAGCCACAGGGUGAAGAAGAGGGACACAUCUGUUCCUUGCCAAGGGAGGGAUUUCCAAGAAGUAAUUCAUAUGCUGGAGGAUACAUACAAGUGCUGGGAGUGUGGAAUGAACUUCUCAGAUCAAACCCAAUAUAAUGUCCAUUUUGGAAUACACGCUGGAAAGAAGACUCAUCAGUGCCUGGAGUUUGGAAAGGCCAUGACUGGCAGAGCAGAGUUCUUUCCACAUCUAAGAACACAGACAGAAGAGAAACCUUAUAGCUGCUCAGACUACGACGAGAACUUCUCAAACAAAUCGGAGCCUUUUCAACACCAAAUAAUUCAUUCAGCAGAAAAGCCUUUCAUCUGUUCAGAGAGUGGAAUGAUGUUCUUGGAUGGAAGAAAGAGUAAUACACAUUUUUCAAAGCACAGUAUAAUGAAGCUGUGUAAAUGCUUUUGGUGUGGAAUGUAUUUUAAAUACAGAUCACAGCUCCUCGUGCACCAAAGGAUUCAUUCAGGAGACAAACCUUUUGAAUGCUCAGACUGUGGGAAGAGAUUCAGUCAUAGUUUUCUUCUUAAAAAGCAUAGAAGAACCCACACAGGGGAGAAGCCUUUUGAAUGCUCAGAGUGUGGGAAGAGAUUCAGUCACAGUAGCACUCUUCACCGUCAUUUAAGAACCCACAGAGGGGACAAGCCUUUUGAAUGCUUAGAAUGCAGGAAGAGAUUUAGUCAGAGUAGCCAUCUUCAGCGUCAUUUAAGAACCCACACAGGAGAGAAGUCUUUUGAAUGCUCAGUGUGUGGGAAGAGAUUCAGUCAAAAUGGUUCUCUUCAACAUCAUUUAAGAACCCACACAGGGGACAAGCCUUUUGAAUGCUCAGAGUGUGGGAAGAGAUUCAGUCGGACUAGCCAUCUGCAACGUCAUUUAAGAACCCACACAGGGGAGAAGCCUUUUGAAUGCUCCGAGUGUGGAAAAAGAUUCAGUCGGAGUAGCCAUCUUCAGCAACAUUUAAGAAGCCACACAGGGGAGAAGCCUUUUGAAUGCUCAAAGUGUGGGAAGGGAUUCAGUUGGAGCAGCCAUCUUCAACAUCAUUUAAGAAUUCACACAGGGGAGAAGCCUUUUGAGUGCUUAGUAUGCAGGAAGAGAUUCAAAAGCAGCGGCAAUCUUCAAUGUCAUCUAAGAACUCACACAGGGGAGAAGCCUUUUGAAUGCUCAAAGUGUAGGAAGAGAUUCAGUCAAAUUAGCCAUCUUCAAAAUCAUCUAAGAACCCACACAGGAGAGAAGCCUUUUGAAUGCUCAGAGUGUGGGAAGAGAUUCAGUGACAGGAGCAGUCUCCGAAAUCAUCAGAGAACUCACACAGGCGAAAGGCCUUUUGAAUGCUCAGAGUGUCAGAAGAGAUUCCGUAAGAGAAGCACUCUUCAAGAGCAUCAAAGAACCCACACAGGGGAGAAGCCUUUUGAAUGCUCAGAGUGUGGGAAGAGAUUUUGUCAGAAUGGUGCUCUUCGAAGUCAUCUAAGAACCCACACAGGGGAGAAGCCUUUUGAAUGUUCAGUGUGUGGGAAGAGAUUCAGCAGAAAAGCCAGUCUUCAAGGUCAUCUAACUACGCACAUAGGGGAGAAGGCUUUUGAAUGCUCAAGAGUGCAGGAAGGGAUGCAGUGACAGUAGCAGUCUUCAAAAACAUCUGAGAAUACGUACAGGAGAGAAGCCUUUUGAAUGCUCAGAGUGUGUGAAGCAAUUCAGCAGAAGUGGCAGUCUUCCUGGUCGUCUAACAAUCCACACAGGGUAGAAACCUUUUGAAUGCUCAGAGUGUGGGGAGAGAUUCUGUUACAGUAGCACUCUUCAUACUCAUUUAAGAACUCACACAGGGGAGAAGCCUUUUAAAUGUGCAGAGUGUGGGAAGAGAUUUAGUUGGAGUACCCAUUGUUGCAGGAUUUAUUUUGUAUUAAAUAAAUUAAGUUCUGUAUUAAUGUUAACUAAACUGUUUUGCUUUUCUAUCCAUAUAUUUUAAGCCUUCUGUCCAGAGAAGAAACUUGGAGUCUAAUAAAGAUCAUCUGUAAAUGUA